GACAACUUACAACUUACACUCUCUCACACAAAAGUUUUAAGCAAAGAAAUAAUUGUUUAUCACUCUUUUAUCACUCACAUUCGUGACAUUGUUUUUGUUACUGUUUCUUGUUUUAGUUUUUAGAAAAUGGGUAAAGCUACGAGGUGGUUCAAGGGGUUGCUUGGGAUGAACAAAGACAAGCAAAAUGUAGGCAUGUUGAAUUCCUCUGUAAAGAGAGACAAGAAAAGAUGGAGCUUUAGGAGGAAGUCUUCUAAAGAAUCUACUAGUGAGAAUCUAGUGAACUUUUCGGGGAGUGUCCCUGAGGUGGAUACUAAUUGGCUGAAAUCUUACAUAUCUGAGAAUGAAACGGAGCAGAGGAAGCAUGCAAUUGCUGUGGCUGCGGCUGCAGGCGAUGCUGCGGUAGCCGCAGCGCAAGUUGCCGUGGCAAUGGUGAGAUUGACAAGUCAAGGCCAGAAAAGCACUUAGAGCUCUUAAAGGACUC